CUAUACGAAGCACCGCGGUCUUGACAAUCCGGUCCCCAUUUGCCUGCGAGGUCCCCAAUGCGAUUGAGGUAAUUGCAUAAGAAGGGAUAGAUCGAUGGUCGGGAUGGUCUUGCAGCCGGCGCUCUGAGCCCACCGAUAGCCUCGACUUGACUCUGCCAUGGUUCGCCUCUCCACGUCCGCGUUGCUCGCCCUGGCGCUAGUCGGGUCCUCUAUCGCUGCUCCAAUCGCUAUUUAUGGGCGCGCCUUGCCCACGCCCGUGACAGCGGCGACGGCGCGCACCUACGUCUCGGAGCUCACCGUAGCCGAUGAGGUCAAUUCGCCCGCCUAUGCACGCUCCAAGUUCAAGACAUGGGACAUUAUCUCAGGGACGUGUGACACCAGAGAGACCGUGCUCAAGCGCGACGGCACCGACGUCGUCACGGACAGCUCCUGCAAGGCGACCUCCGGCCACUGGGUCUCGCCCUACGACGGCGUCGCCACCGACCUCGCCAGCGAUCUCGACAUCGACCACCUCGUCCCUCUGAAAGAAGCCUGGGUAUCCGGCGCCCGGAGCUGGACCGCCGCGCAGCGCGAAGCCUUCGCAAACGACCUCACCCGGCCCCAGCUGCUCGCCGUCACGGACAACUUGAACGAGUCCAAAGGCGACAAGGACAUCGCCGAGUGGGUCCCACCGCUGGCGAGCUACCGAUGCACGUACGCGCGCGCUUGGGCGACGGUGAAGCACCACUACGAUCUUACCAUCGACAGCGCGGAGAAGUCGGCCCUGUUGGAUAUACUCAAUGACUGCUGAGCGAGAUGACACGCUUUGAUGAUGUAUCGAAUGUAAUGUACGUGUAGAAACCGAAGGGAAUGAUGAUAUAUAAAC